CGCUGUUGAAAUCAUUAAUCAAUAUACAAGUCAUCGGUAGUCAUCACACUCUAGGAAGAAGACACGACUUUCAAGCACAAGACCAAUGAAAAGUCAAUCAAGCAUAUCAUGAUCAGGUCGAGCUUGUGCUCUGCGCACACGGCAUCCGUCUUGAGCAGAUCGCGGAUCCCUGGUCGAGCGAGCCGAUGGCCGGCAUCCCGAAUUCCCUCUGGGAGGGCAUCCUUGAUCACACGCGUAUAUGUCGACGAUCAGCCAAAUAGCCAUUCCGAUAGAUCAGGUGAUGCGCCGAGCAGUACGAAAGGUUUAUCCGGACAGCACCUGCAGAGAGUCAGACAAGCUCUUCGGCAUGCAGAAAAUAAGCGCCAAAGACGGGCUACCCACGAUCACAGAGUAGAGCGAAUGUACGCUGCUACGCAAUCCUUCCGCACCGACGAUAUGGAUGAGAUGAUUGCUGCAUAUCGCGCGCUACCCCAAAAUUAUCACCCAGACAAAGCCCUUGGCAUACAGGUGGCGAGUUAUCUCAAGCGACUCGUCGCGGCGCAGUAUUCUAUGUCGCCCGAGGCCGUGGCGCAAAUGCGGGCCUUCUCGCAGGAGAUAGCUAAGCAGGUUCAGGCUGGCGAAUGGGAAAAUUAUACCACCAUGUGUGAUAUUGUCACGAGUGCACUAAUCUCCACGGGCGACCUGGAUUCAGCAUACAGCUUCUGGCAAUGGCGUGAAAAACAGCCCAAUCAACGUGUGAGCUGGUUCUCUUUCGCUUACGCAGCGGAAAUACACAUAGCGCGCGGCGACCCUUUGUCCACGGUGGAGGACCUUUAUGAGAAAGCGUUGCUCCGCCUUCCAGGUGACUUCAUGUCAUAUCAUGUCUCGCCCGGGGCCGUGCUUCCAAACCGAGAGGAGAUAAUGAGAGUCAAACCCACGCCUCUCCUUCAGAGACUUGUUCAUGCUUAUCUACUGGCCGGUCGAGCCAGUGAUGCUUACAUCACCUUGGAUACAAUGCUCCGGCUGGACCCGAAGGCUAGUCUGAGUGAUGCUUUUAUCCGUGCGGCCACGCUGCGACCCUUCUCUGAAUCGUAUACACUCUUUACCCUCACAACCCAGAUUCACGGCCGGACCAGUGGUUUCGUCUUCAAUCAAAUGUUUGACAAGGCUGCCGACCAGGCUAGAGUGUUCCCAGCCAAGGCGUUACUGUCCGGGCUUCGAUCUAGGUUGGCGGCUAUACACCAGCAGGACAUGCAAACGACAAGGGAUCAGGUGAAUGUAUUCACGACUUGGAUUAGCUGUUUGACGGAAGUACUACACCUGCCCUCCAUGGCUCUCGCCACAAGGCCUGAACGCCAAGACUGCGCCCUGGCUAUACUCUCGCUAGUGAAGAGACUUGUUGCCAUCAUCGAAUUGAAGACUGACGUGACAGGACAAGCUCUGCUGAGAAUUCUUCUUUCCAAGCUUGCGCAGUUUGAUGACACUGACGAGGUCUUCAACUACGCCACCGGCAUUUCCGCAAAACAACAUGGGUCCGACCGUGGCGUACAAUUGUGCAUCAUCACUCUCGGCGGCAAGCAGCACAACCGUAAGCGGAUCGAGAAAGGAUGGGCUGAUCUUAUGACUACGCUGAGCAACAGUACGUCACAGCUGGGCUUCGUGGAUAUGCGUGUUCUCAUCAUCGCGGCAAAUCGCGCUGGAUGCCAAGACUUUGCUAAGGAACAGUUUGCGAAAUACGAAAGCAGCUUCACUCCAGAAGUCCGCGACAGCAUUUCCGCGCUUUUCGAAUUCGACCAAGAACAUGAUCGCGUCGAACGCGAGCCUCGUCAUGACCCCACCACAUAUCACGAGGUCAUGAAUGAAAUCGAUAAUCUUUUCGGUGACGUCGAAGUCUACCACCGUGAGCUUGUAGCGAGGAUUAAAGACCCGAAACAUGAGGGACUACGUUUUCCCAGGACCGUCUUCCAGCCGGAAGGCGCACUUCGACUCAGCGAUGCUGACAUGCGCAGUCUCUACGAGGAGUUCAGCACGGAAGGUCACAGCUCACCAGAAGCAGAUGACCCGGUCGCGACCCAAGAUCCGGCCACCCAGCCCACCACCCAGCCCCCGGAAUCUAAAAUAACAGCAGAUGAAGCGGAGUUGAAUAAAUCAGGAACAUCUUCCAAAUCGGUAGCAGCAGCAUCCGCAGAAGGCAAGUCGAUCAACGAACUCCGCUACUGGGCUUGGCGAGACAUGACCUACGUCCUCCAGCUCACAGACCGACACGAGCGCAUGGCCGGUCACUCAUCGGUGCAGUCCGGUGCCAGCUCCGAGCAGAAGAUGCAGCCGGAUGAGGAGGCCGUGCAGAAAAUGCUCACGGACCGCAACCAGGACGACUUCACCCGAUUCGAAGGCUUCAAUCUCACCGUACUUGCAGAAGCGAGGGCAGAUCCUCCCGUUGAGGAAAAGGCAUCAGAAGAGCAAAUGAACGCAGCCCGUGCGGAGAUCAGGAGGCUGAGAAGAAUAGACCGCGCUACCACUGGCCGGUGAGACCUGAUUUGAGUUGAAAAUUCUUCGUUGUAUAAACAUUUAUAAAUCGGGGGGGUACGCGCUGCCUCAAUAAUCUCAAUCGAGCGGGAGAUCCGUCCGCCGGUCGAAAAUUACCCUCCGAUCUGUACAACUAUCUGUAUGUAAAAACUUUUUGUUUGUGUUGUAACAUAAAACUCUUCCUGUAGCAAAACAUUCUCCCUUUUUCUUCUCCUGCC